AAUUAAUUUACUUAUACGCAUCGUAUCCUAAUCCAAAUAAAACUUACGUAACAAAUCAAAAUAGUGUUUUUUAUGUUAUAUUACACAAAAAUAUAUUUUCUUAGAUUUUUAUAAUUAAUUUUUAAAGAACCACCCUGUCCUAACCCAAAAUGAUAGUGUUGGAAAACCGCGCAAUGGAGAAGGUACUGAAUAUGCCCACGCGCCGAGCACUUGGUCGUUAGUUUCACUUGUUACGUUGGUUUUCAUUUUCCUGAGGAGCUAAGCGGACAGCAUGGAGCGCAAACUGCACAGUGGGAUGCACCACGCCACCCUGCGCCUGCUGCAGGAGUCGGGCUGCGAGAUAGCGCCGCACAAUCUGAUGUACCCGGUGUUCAUCGUGAGCAACGACGAUGACGUCCAGCCGAUUGCCAGCAUGCCGGGAAUCUCGAGAUUCGGUCUGAAUCGCCUGCGGGAGCACCUGCAGCCACUGGUGGCCAAGGGCUUGUCCUCGGUGCUGCUGUUCGGCGUGGUGGAGCCCCAGCUGAAGGACGAGCAGGCCUCGAAUGCGGACUCCGCCGAGAACCCGGUGGUUAAGGCUCUGCCCAAGCUUCGGGAAUGGUUCCCGGAUCUCCUGAUUGCCUGCGAUGUUUGCAUCUGUCCGUACUCUUCGCACGGCCACUGUGGUCUCCUGGGCGAAACGGGUCUGGAGAAUGGUCCCAGCAUCAGGAGGAUAGCUGAGAUUGCCGUGGCCUAUGCCAAGGCUGGUGCCCACAUCGUGGCUCCUUCCGACAUGAUGGACAACCGGGUGAAGGCCAUCAAGCAGGCCCUCAUCGAUGCCGAAAUGAACAGUGUGUCCCUGCUGGCCUACUCCGCCAAGUUUACCUCCAAUUUUUACGGACCCUUCCGGGAGGCAGCCCAAUCGGCUCCCAAGUUCGGCGAUCGAAGGUGCUAUCAGCUGCCCAGCGGCUCCCGCAGCUUGGCCAUGAGAGCCAUCCAGCGUGAUGUGGCCGAGGGAGCAGACAUGCUGAUGGUCAAGCCGGGCAUGCCCUAUCUGGACAUCCUGCGCUCCACCAAGGAUUCCUAUCCGUACCACACGCUGUACGUCUACCAGGUGUCCGGGGAGUACGCUAUGCUGUAUCAUGCCGCCAAGGCGGGCGCUUUCGACCUCCAGGAUGCCGUGCUGGAGGCCAUGAAGGGCUUCCGAAGAGCUGGCGCGGAUUGCAUCAUCACCUACUACACGCCCUUCCUGCUCGACAUUAUCGGAAGGGUUAAAUGAGUUGUCUACCUCAAAGGCGUAACCUUCGAUGUCUUAAAACCAUUUUCAUGUGGAUUAGAGUGGACUUCUUUUAGCUGAUAGAAUAGUGCAAUAUUUUAAAAUAUGCUUUAUAGAGCACUUCAAGAACAUGACUUUAAAGACAUUUAAUAAGAGGAAAAACAAAUGUUUACCUUGAUUUAGGAACCAACAUAUUCAAUUAAUGUAUUAAGCAUUUUAACAAGACUAAGGCAAAUACUUACUUAUGAGCGAUAAGCUCUUUAGAUGACAGUUUUUGAUAUUAAAGGUAUACCCUUCGCCCCCUACAGAGGUCCACUCUAAUCGAUGAUCACCAUUACAAGUGCUUUUAGUUAGGUGCCUCGCUCCAUACGCGCAAAUACACACACAAAUAGAAUGUA